GUGUGUGGUGAGUUGUGACUUGCUUUCUAGUCACCCUAUUUGAUUAAAAAAUUACCAGUCGUGUAUGCAGUGUAUACAUAUAUCGGUCCUCCCUUCUUUGUCAGCGUAGAGGAAGAAAAAAAAAAGAGAGAGACGUUUGAGUGCCAAUAAUUAUACAUAACACUAAAUGUGAAUCCGAGUUAGUUUAUAUAUAAAAAGAGAAAGACUAAGUGUCAGACUUUAAAAAAUUUUGUAUGUGUGCUGCCCUUUCCCCCCUUUUUUUUCCCUUUUCUUUUUUAUGUGCCAACUUUGUGAACACUUUCCUGGACGAUCUGAUCAAAUCCACUUCUUAACACAAUUAUUUUAUGGAUCUACACCUUCUGAAUCCAAACCACAAAGUGUAUUUAUUUAUGGCCCACCAUCUACAGGCAAAACAGCAGUUGUAAAGAAGCUCUUGACAGACUUCCCAGAGGCACCUAAUCGUAUCCUGGCAUCUUUUGUUGACUGUGUAGAAUGCUUUACACCUCGACUAUUAUUUCAACAUGCCAUGGAUGGAUUAUGUCGUCAUAAACCCGAUGCUCGAAACAACUUUACUUCAUACAAGAGAAUCGAUACAAUUCAACAGUUGGUCCGGGCGAUCAGUGAAAGUCAUAUUGGACGCGAUGUUCCUGCUUUUCUGAUCUUGGAUAAAGCAGAGCGUUUAAGAGAUCUAUCUAGUCAUAUUCUAUCUUCACUACUUCGGCUUUCAGAACUAACAGAAACAAAUAUCAGCGUCAUUUUGAUAUCCAACAUCCCCUUUGAAAAGUUUAGAGUUAAGGGGGGCAUGAUGGAACCAUUACUGAUACGAUUCCCAGCUUAUUCAAAAGAAGACACAAUCAAGAUAUUGGAGUUUGACUUUAAAUCCAAGACGAUUCAGACAGAAAACGACAAGACGGUUGAACUCACACAAAAAUUAUACAAUGGAUUUCUCGAAACGAUCUAUUCCAUCUUUUACCACAACUGUAAGGACUUGAACGAACUUCGAUACUUUGCCGCUCUCUUGUUCCCCCUUUAUAUCAAGCCUAUCCAAGCAGGCACCGCAGAUGUCAAUGACGCGAUCAAAUUGAUGAGACUGGCCCAGCCUUAUUUUGCCGAAGCCACAGAAAAGCUUUAUUUACGAGAGAUCUCGAGUGCUGAAUGGUCACAAGAAAAGGAUCUGAAGCGAAAUGUUGCGGGACGAGCCGAAUUUGAGUUGCCUUAUUACACAAAAUUUUUAUUGAUCGCUGCAUACUUGGCCUCAUAUAACCCUCCGCGAUUUGAUGUGAGAUUCUUUUCCAAAUCGGCUGAAGAAAGAGCCAAGAAGAGAGGAGGUGGCUCACGAAAGCGGGUGGAUAAGACAGGUGGUAAGAUGCGUCAGCAGUUGCUCGGACCCAAAGCAUUCCCGGUAGAGCGCAUGUUGGCUAUCUUUUACAGUAUUCUAGAUGAGCCAUUGGAAGACACAAUUGAUAUUCAGCUACAGAUCACCUCCUUAACUACUCUUCGACUCCUCGUUCGAACUACAGCCAUGGAUCGAUUGGAUGGUACAAAGUAUAAAUGUAAUGUCACUUUUGAUUUUAUUCGAGCAGUAGCAAAGACGGUUCGAUUUGAAGUGGAUAAGUAUCUAUACGACUUUUCAUAAUUGUAUGUUUAUUAUAAGGGGUGACUAGGGUAUACAUAUUAAAAUAUAUAUAUAUAUAAAGUGUAAAUAAAUAACAGCAAGAUUAACUACUCUUCUUGUUCUUCUUGCAUACUACUUUCAAUAUUUCUUGCUGUAUCAAUUAAAUGGACAAUAUCAUCUGUUGUACUAG